CGGUAUAAAAUACGCCACACUGAUGAAAAUGGAUCUACACCAGAAGCUUCUGGAGGCGGAAUCUGGAGCGGAGCAGCGGGAGGAGCAACGCCAGGCGCACUUGCAGCUCAUCCGGGAGCUGCACCACCAGCUGGGCAUUCCAGUGGGCGUGGCGGCGGAUCGCUUGCGGCAGAUAAUCGUGGAGGUAAGAGCGAGAGGGCACCUCGAGCGCCUCUGGCAGCUGUGGCUCAACGAGCUAGUCCUGGCUAGAAAGAUAAUCCUGGUAAGGUCCCACCUGCUGGUGAACGAGCUAAUGGCGGAAGGACAGCAAGAGCCGUCAGCCGAGGCCCUCACUUUGCUGCUGACCCUGCUCAAAUCGACGCCCAAGGAGAAACUGGCUGAAUUCUGGCCAAGAUUAACCGCAUUAACCCAAGUAAAAGAUAUAGACGCAGCCCUGCUGCUUUUGCAGUGCCAGGAACAUGUGUUAUCUGAGCUAGAGGAGUCUCAGGAGGAGAGUGGUCACAGCCGGAACCUGGCCAACUCUCUCAUCCACAUGCACUUUGAGGGCUGCUGGCUGACCGCCAAGGAUGAGCAGCUGCCCCUGCUGUUGGCGCGCAGCCUGGAUCUGCUCCAGAAGCUGGUUACCAGGCAGCCCGACUACGCGACUCAACGGCUUCCUGAGGUGAUGGGCCUUGUGCAGUGCUACCUACAGUACGGAGCUGAAGCGGAAUCCCUAGUUAAGCCCAGGAAAUUGCCACCCGCCCAGCAGUCAGCUGACUAUGGGCAGGAGAAGGAUGAGCCGGAGCAUCCGCCCGCUCAGCAUUCUCGCUCCUGCGGCCGAAAGAACAAGGUUCGAAAGAUGCGAUCGUUGGCCAAGCAACGAAACCAGGGAGUCAGUGAACCCCCAGAGGCCAAUCCGCGAGAUCGUGUUCUGCUGAUGGGUAACCAGGAUUACGGAUGUUUGACUGGAGACUCGGCCGAGAAUUGCCUACCCUCCGAUUCGGAUCAGCAGACAGAAGCAAAGCACCUCCGACAGCAGCAGGCCAGGGUGAGAAUAUCCGCUCUACACUUGCUGGGAGCCCUUACCAACCAAUUGCCCCGACGCUCGUUGUAUGGCUACUGGCACGUCCUGUUCCCCGAUGGAGACUCUGGUGGCAGUCGUCACCUGCUACUAAUCGGUCAGAGGGACACCAAUUCCCGUUGUCGUGCCCUGGCCUUGCAGCUGGGCUCCCAGCUGCUUUACGGAUCGAAGGUGUUCCUCAGCCAGGCCUGCUCGCGCGGACCCAGUAACUUCACGCCUUUCGCUGUCAGCCUGGCCAGCUCCGUGUUCGCCACAUAUCGCACCUUGAGUGUCAUCCUCGAGCGGGAGUAUACGCCGCCCGUGCUAACGCAGUGUCUCAAGUGCCUGGCCGUUUUGGUACAAGCCACGCCCUUUGACCAGCUUGAAAUGGGAUUUGUCUACGGGUUUGUGGGCCAUGUCAAGAAGCUGGCCAAGAGUGCAGACCCUCAGGUAGCCGUGUCCGCUUUGCUGGUCAUGGAAAUGCUGGUGGGCACGGCUAAACUUACGCCGGAAAUUGCCAGCUCGGUGGGACUUGCCCCUAGCCAUAGAAACAUUCAAUUAGAACAGGCAAACGCGGUCCAAGAGUACCAGGAGCUUUGCGACUCGGAUGCGGAGGUGGAACUCGAGGAGGAGGAGGAGGGUCCGGCGCAGAAAAAUGAUGUGAGUACCGUCCACACCGUGUCGCCAUCCAUUCCGCGCAAUUCCUGGCUGCUGAGGCAGGUGCUUCGGUAUUUGGAGGGUCCCGGAACUCCUGCCACCGUGCGCCUCGAGUGUUUUCAGGUGCUUCAGGCAAUGACCACGCAUAUUGGCCUGCUCCGGGGACAUCAGGCCCGUUUGGCAAGGGUAAUCUCCGCCGGAUUGUGUGAUCCAGCUUCAGAUGUGAAGCUCUAUGCCGCACGCUGCCUGGACUCGGUCGGGUACCAGCUGGGAAGACUGCUGCCGGAGCCGUCAGAAAGGGAGUUACAGAUAUCCUUCUGGCUAACCCUGUUGCCCGCCACCUAUGGAGCCUACGAUGCCGCCGGAUUCUCCCUGAAAUGCGCACUUUGCGACGCCCUGUCCAACAUGGGAGCUUUUAGCUUUGAGAGACUAUCGGAUGGUCAGAGGACCGCGCUGCUAGCCUUUCUGAGCGGAUGUGCCAGCGACGACCACGAAGAGGGGCUGGUCAGAGGAGCAGCUCUGCGGGCAAUGGCCGUCUACGUGCUGCAACCUUCGUUAAAGACAGAUCUGGGAUUUCUGGAGAAUGCAGCGGAGUUGACCUUGCGUAUCAUAGGGAACCCCCAGCUGGUCGUGAGGAUCAAAGCCGCCUGGGCGCUUGGAAACAUUAGUGACGCCUUGGUGGCCGGCAUUCCUAACUCGACUGAAAGGAUUUCCGCCGAACUUUUGGGACGCCUCAUCCAGGCGGCAAUGAAAAGCUGCGGCGAUAACGACAAGGUCAGGGCCAAUGCGGUGCGCGCUCUGGGGAAUCUACUCCAGAUCCUGCAGCUCCAGCCAUCGGAGAACGGUGACCAGAUGCAGCUAGCCAUGUCCAAGCUGUUGGACUGCGUAAGGUCCUCGGGCACCGCCAAAGUAAAGUGGAACGCCUGCCAUGCCAUCGGAAACCUAGUGAAGCACAGGGCCUUCCUUGCCAGCAGCCACCUGGCUGGGAUCCUCUUUCCCGCCCUGAGUCAACUGGUGGUGCAGCACACCAACUUUAAGGUGCGCACCAACGCCGCCGGAGUGCUGCUGCAGGUGGUGCAUCGUGAGGAUCUUGGCUCCCAUCUACCGCUGGUCUGGCGCUCCCUCCUGGAGGGGCUGGAGCGCUCCAAUGCGCUGGACAGCUUCGAGGAGUACAAUCACCGGGAUGCUCUGCAGCAGCAGCUCUGCCUGGCGAUUGCCCACCUGCUGACGCUGGCAAUAAGCUCGGAUCUGCCGGCGAUGCGGGAGUCGCUCGAGGAGGACCGACUGGAGCAGGUGCGGGCCACGUGGCGGCGCGUCGCAUAUCGCGUUGUUCCCGAGCAGUCGGCACCGCUCUUCACCUGUAGUCCUCUGCUGGAGCAGCGACUUCAGGCGGAAGUGACCACACAACAACGCUGCGCCCUGGCAUUCAUCACGAGCACACUCCGCUUGGACCCAUAGGAACACCCAACCAUCACGUAACCCGCUGGGCAGCCAAAGGAUCCAUAAAUAAAAUUAAUUAACAAA